GAACAUGUUAAGUUUGUCCCAGCUUGCUUUCCGUACUUAACAUACGUCACAACCAGGAGUUGUUUGUAUUACUUCACACACUUCAGAAGUGUUCGUAUCUUUAUCAAAAGUGCCGUUUUAAUUAUUAUUUGAAGCAACAAUGGGGAGUGCAUGCAGUUGCAUUGUUGCUUCGCUUUCUGCAUGCUCUUUGUAUUUAUUUUAUGUUCACAUUUACUCAUCACAUGCCGUGCUGAGACGAAAUGUACUCGAAAGCAGGAGGCUUCCAAGUCCAGUUUAUCUCUACCUAAAAUACCUGAUCAAAACUUUCACCCUGUGGAGGACAGGACACCUGAAGUCGCUCAUCACGGACAGCUGUGAGGUUGUGUACACGAUCAUAAACUGCAGGUGGGAGACUCCUCUGUUGAGAAGGUUCUGCAGUGCUGCAGGUUAUGGUUGGGAUUAUCCAGACACAGAGUUCAGAGACGUCCCCCUGUGCUUCCCAGAGUUCCUGUGUGGCAGGCUGCUGCUUAUGGCGAUCACUGAUGGGAAGUUCAGACUCAGUCCUGCAGGACUGGUUCGUGUCCACCAGAGUCUGAAAACCCUCGAGCCAGUCGAUGAACUGAAGAAGGGUCCGUUCAUGCUGCAGGUUCGAGUCCUGGAGUACCGGCAGCUUGAAGCAGGCGUGGAGGUGGACAUCUGUCUGUGUGCAACUUCUCGUACCGGGCGUCCAGUGUGGGAGAGUGUCCUGACGCUGCUGUCGGAAAAGAAGCUCCACAAAGAGAGCAGAAAUGAACUUACAAGCCGACCUGAUGAGCCUGUUCUAGAAAAUGUAAAGCAGGUAGAGCUACGAGUUCCCAGGUCUGCUGGCCUGCAGUGUAUAUGGUUCUGCUCUGACUUCUCCCCCUAUCGGCUCCUCAUUGCACCAGCCCGGCUCUUCUGUAGAAGUCAGACUUCCUCACAUCUCUGGAUGCUGUCGGUUUGUCUGGCUGAAAUAGAAAAGCACAAAGGGGUGGAGAUCAUCACAGCGCCUGUCAGCAUCACGGCCCAGUUUAAGGAUCCUCUGUCGGUACCAGGCAGAGUGACGCUCAGGUUCUGGGAGACGACCGAUGACCGGAGUCAGUCUUCUGCCCGAGGCCUCAGCUUUCACAUGCAACAGAGUGGAAGAAGCACAUCUCACAUGAUAGGAUCGAUUUCUCGGUCAUGAUUAACAAAGAGCGUUGAAAUUUAUAUCAAAACAAUAAGCUACUGAUGUGUUGUUUCUGUUUUACACUGUUUUUGCAACAAAAAAAACACAUGAUAAUAACAACAUAUGUUUUCCAGGCUAUGAGGGUAUUUCUUUUCUUAAUUUAUUUUUUCAUACUUUUGUUUUGAGUGAAGUUUAGCUCCCCCUGGGAUAAAACGAUACCUCUUCUCUCCUGGCUGGUCUUGUACAAACACAUGUCUCAGAAGUGCUAUUGAAGUAAAAACCUCCAGCUGCUUCUUUGAACAGUCAAGCACACCACUCAGUGUUCAUCCAUGUUGUGAAAAAUAUCAAAAAAACGGCUCUUUCUGCAGCGUGCUGAAAAUCACUCCUCUGGUAUUCCCCCAGCAGCAGGUUCAGCCAUUGAAAAUACUGUAGCUCUAUAGAAAUGAUCAGUCUUGGAUCUAGUUGUUUUUGUAGAGGGGGUAGUAUUAAUUUCAAUCUGUUUCAUAACCAGCUUAAAAAAAAUCUACAUACACUCUUCAAAAUAGUUGAAUACACUGCAAAUUUAAAUUAAAUCCUGUAUUUAAAAAAUGCAUUGUUUCUUUUUUUGUUGAUGUAAAAAGUGUCUUCAGAUUAUUUGAAUGUAAUAAUAAUUAUGUCGUAUUUGAAAAUAUAACUUUGAAAAUGCAAUGACCUCUGACAAUACCAAAUGUCUGUGACUACAAUAAAAAAAAUUACAUUGUGAAAUGAAAAUAUGACACUUCCAGGUUUGUAUGACGAGUUAAAUGCCACUGUAUCCAUUUUGCAUUCAUUUCUGAUGAGCUACUUUGUACGUUGUAAAUUAUGACUAAAUGUUAAAGUGGCUUUGAGGAGUCUUGUUUGAAACAUUGUUGAUCUUGUCCUUUACAUGCACAGCAGUAUGUCUGAUAUAAAUGUCACCCUGCUUUCAUUUAACAACAAGCUGUUGAUAAUGUGAAGAAAGACUGUUUCUGCAGUGUGCUGUCAUGCAGCAGUUUCAGGCAUAAUAAACUGAAGUAUAGAAAUUGUU